CCCGCCUCCACCACGUGACGCACGGAUGGCCGCCGCUUCCUCUUACUAGCGUAGUUCUGCUUCUCCGCACUCGCCGCUGGCGGGUGCCAUUGCCUGCCCGAGUCACGUGUCGAGGGGAAGUGGGAAGACGUCGUUCUCCUUUCCCUGCACCCCCAUCCGCCAUGUUUUGGGGCCGGGUCUGGCUUGUUCUUCCCUCGUAAGGAAAUGGCCGGGGAGCUCCAGGGAACCCUGGCGCCGUUGCUUCGGCGGAGUCUGGGCCGACGAGGCAGGGCAGCGAGAUAAACCCAAGCAGUUCUGCGCGCGGUAGGGAGGCCAUGGCGUCCGGCAGUAACUGGCUGUCUGGGGUGAAUGUCGUGCUGGUGAUGGCCUACGGGAGCCUGGUGUUUGUACUGCUAUUUAUUUUUGUGAAGAGGCAAAUCAUGCGCUUUGCAAUGAAAUCUAGAAGGGGACCUCACGUCCCUGUGGGACACAAUGCCCCCAAGGACCUGAAAGAAGAGAUUGAUAUUCGACUAUCCAGGGUUCAGGAUAUCAAAUAUGAACCCCAGCUCCUUGCAGAUGAUGAUGCCAGACUACUACAGCUGGAAACCCAGGGAAAUCAGAGUUGCUACAACUAUCUGUACAGAAUGAAAGCUCUGGAUGCCAUCCGUGCCUCUGAGAUCCCAUUUCAUGCUGAAGGCCGGCAUCCUCGUUCCUUAAUGGGCAAGAAUUUCCGCUCCUACCUGCUAGAUCUGCGAAACACUAGUACUCCUUUCAAGGGUGUGCGCAAGGCCCUUAUCGAUACCCUGCUGGAUGGCUAUGAGACAGCCCGCUAUGGAACAGGGGUCUUCGGCCAGAGCGAGUACCUGCGCUAUCAGGAGGCCCUGAGUGAGCUGGCCACUGUGGUCAAAGCACGAAUUGGGAGCUCUCACCGACAACACCAGUCAGCAGCCAAAGACCUAACACAGUCCCCUGAAGUCUCCCCAACAACCAUCCAGGUGACAUACCUCCCCUCCAGUCAGAAGAGUAAACGCGCCAAGCACUUCCUGGAAUUGAAGAGCUUUAAGGACAACUAUAACACAUUGGAGAGUACUCUGUGAAGGAGCUGGAGGACUCCUGCUGCAGAUUGAGCUGGACAGACACAGUGUUCAAGGCUGCUUGCCAGAGAGCCUUCAGGACAGCUGCUCAGCAGACCCACACUGCUAUCUGUUGAAGCUUCUGUUGUGUCCAGAGUUCUUUAAGUUUGUGCCUAGAGGGUCAUUCCCCAACUCUUAUGGGCAUUUUCAGAACAUCAGCAAAGACUUUAUCUUCUCCUAGUAGCACUUUUUUUCUGGAUUUGAAUUCAGAAGUUCUUCUCAAUGUUUCUGUCAAAAUGUCUUAAACAUCUUCAUUUGAUUUGGGCCGUAGUUCACCUGCCAUGUUCCAGACUGUUUAAUCCCAAAGGUGAGCGUCGGGGUGAAGCAUCUUCAGUUUCUGCCCCUCUGUACACAGUUGUACACAGUUGAGUGGGAACUGUUUGAGAUUAGGGCAUCUCAGAGUUGGAUAUGUAGGAAAGGCAGAUAGGAACUGGUGGGGAGCCAGUCAGCCGAGGAAGUAGGUGGAAUGUGGAACAACUUAACCCUGGUGCUCCACUUAAACCAAAUGUGUUGAAACAUUAACAUGACUUCCCUGACCUGCUAGGAUCUGCCCCUCCACUUUCAUUUCAUACUCUGUUGUGAAUAAAUCAUUCAAAAAAAAAAAUGUUUUGACACCUAACAUCAUACAUGCUAGGCUGUGAGACAGAGUGAAAGAAUGGUUUCCCAGACAAGCCAGUGUACUGGUCUGACUUUAUAAAUUAGUGAUUCAAUAAAAUGAACUAUUGAAAA